UUCUGAAUUCCAAUCAGAACUAUUAUUUUCUUAUCAAGAUUUUGGACAAAAUGCUGCUUUAAUUAAUAACCUUGGAGAUAUUGUUACUAUCCAGGAAGAAGAGAAGGAGAAAGAAAGCUUCGCUGCAAUUAGAGCAAUUUUCUGUCACAAGAGUAAUAAUAG